AUGGCAGAAAAACAUAAAACCGGCUUGUCGGGCUCCCAUGCCCCAGCCAGCUCGUCGGGCUCCCAUGCCCCAGCCCUCUCGUCGGGCUCCCAUGCCCCAGCCGGCUCGACGGGCUCCCAUGCCCCAGCCGGCUCGAUGGGCUCCCAUGCCCCAGCCGGCUCGAUGGGCUCUCAUGCCCCAGCCGGAACGACAGGUUCCCUAGCCUCAGCAGAAACGAUUGGCCCGCUCCUGGUCCCUGGGCCCGUCCCUCUGGUCGGCGUCCUGUGGCUGGAGUCACACGUCAGGGAGGGGGUACUGUCACGUAUACUCCCUCUCUGUCGUUUCAAAUAACCGAAGGUAUUCUGAAAUAAAGGGAAAAAGACCAUUCUUGAACAAGGGUGAGUGUCACAUAUACUCCCUCUCCGGCGUUCGAGAUCGCCAGUCUUCUCAUUAUUAAACACACCUGUCACCUUCGUUACGCGCACCUGCGCCUCAUGAGACUCACCUGGACUCCAUCACCUUCCUGAUUACCUUCCCUAUAUAUACAGUGGGGGAAAAAAGUAUUUAGUCAGCCACCAAUUGUGCAAGUUCUCCCACUUAAAAAGAUGAGAGAGGCCUGUAAUUUUCAUCAUAGGUACACGUCAACUAUGACAGACAAAAUGAGGAAAAAAAAUCCAGAAAAUCACAUUGUAGGAUUUUUAAUGAAUUUAUUUGCAAAUUAUGGUGGAAAAUAAGUAUUUGGUCAAUAACAAAAGUUUCUCAAUACUUUGUUAUACACCCUUUGUUGGCAAUGACACAGGUCAAACGUUUUCUGUAAGUCUUCACAAGGUUUUCACACACUGUUGCUGGUAUUUUGGCCCAUUCCUCCAUGCAGAUCUCCUCUAGAGCAGUGAUGUUUUGGGGCUGUCGCUGGGCAACACAGACUUUCAACUCCCUCCAAAGAUUUUCUAUGGGGUUGAGAUCUGGAGACUGGCUAGGCCACUCCAGGACCUUGAAAUGCUUCUUACGAAGCCACUCCUUCGUUGCCCGGGCGGUGUGUUUGGGAUCAUUGUCAUGCUGAAAGACCCAGCCACGUUUCAUCUUCAAUGCCCUUGCUGAUGGAAGGAGGUUUUCACUCAAAAUCUCACGAUACAUGGCCCCAUUCAUUCUUUCCUUUACACGGAUCAGUCGUCCUGGUCCCUUUGCAGAAAAACAGCCCCAAAGCAUGAUGUUUCCACCCCCAUGCAUCAUAGUAGGUAUGGUGUUCUUUGGAUGCAACUCAGCAUUCUUUGUCCUCCAAACACGAUGAGUUGAGUUUUUACCAAAAAGUUCUAUUUUGGUUUCAUCUGACCAUAUGACAUUCUCCCAAUCCUCUUCUGGAUCAUCCAAAUGCACUCUAGCAAACUUCAGACGGGCCUGGACAUGUACUGGCUUAAGCAGGGGACACGUCUGGCAAUGCAGGAUUUGAGUCCCUGGCGGCGUAGUGUGUUACUGAUGGUAGGCUUUGUUACUUUGGUCCCAGCUCUCUGCAGGUCAUCGUUCUUGUGAUCAUUUUGACCCCACGGGGUGAGAUCUUGCGUGGAGCCCCAGAUCGAGGGAGAUUAUCAGUGGUCUUGUAUGUCUUCCAUUUCCUAAUAAUUGCUCCCACAGUUGAUUUCUUCAAACCAAGCUGCUUACCUAUUGCAGAUUCAGUCUUCCCAGCCUGGUGCAGGUCUACAAUUUUGUUUCUGGUGUCCUUUGACAGCUCUUUGGUCUUGGCCAUAGUGGAGUUUGGAGUGUGACUGUUUGAGGUUGUGGACAGGUGUCUUUUAUACUGAUAACAAGUUCAAACAGGUGCCAUUAAUACAGGUAACGAGUGGAGGACAGAGGAGCCUCUUAAAGAAGAAGUUACAGGUCUGUGAGAGCCAGAAAUCUUGCUUGUUUGUAGGUGACCAAAUACUUAUUUUCCACCAUAAUUUGCAAAUUAAUUAAUUAAAAAUCCUACAAUGUGAUUUUCUGGAUUUUUUUUCUCAAUUUGUCUGUCAUAGUUGACGUGUACCUAUGAUGAAAAUUACAGGCCUCUCUCAUCUUUUUAAGUGGGAGAACUUGCACAAUUGGUGGCUCACUAAAUACUUUUUUUUCCCCACUGUAUCACUCCCUUUGGUUCCUUCCCUAGGCGUUAUUGAUUCUGUUCCUGUGUUUCAUGUCUGUACGCUACUUGUGUUUCAUUUAUCAUUAAAGUCAUUCCCAGUACUUGCUUCCCGACUCCCAGCGUACACAUUCUUACUAAUCUGCUAGAGAACCAGUUCUGAUUUAAGUAUUACUUUUGUAUGACUGAAGCCUUUAGUGAGAGGUCUAAUGCUGUAAUAUUGAAUCAUUUCUGCCCUCAGAAUUCAUAUUCAUUAUAUAAAUAGGCCUGUUUAAUUUUGUCUGGCUUGCCGUUCCAAAUAAAAUUGAAUAUUUUUCCCUCAUAUUAUUAAAAAACAAGUCGCUAGGUGUAGGCAAGGCCAAAUGUAUUUGUGUGACAGAAAUGUAACACAAACAAUAUCAUACAUAAUUACUAAUAUCAUUUUUAUGUUGUCUUUUCUUUCUAAGGUCCCGUGGAAAAACAUAAAAAAUCUACUUAAAGAAGACAAAUGCUGUUACUCGUAGGGAGUGUUUGAAGACUGGUAAGACCAGAGACAGAUGAACUGGGGGACUUGUUGACCGGGAUCAUAAUAGCUAGCAAACCCGUGGAAGGUAUCCCUGAUGGCCGUUUGGACAGUUCAGAUGGGGGACUGUUCUAAUCCUCAUUUGGUAGGACACAUUCAUUCAACAUGUGCCAUCCCCGGACUGCAGGGAAUAUGUAAUGUUGUCAGUCAUCUCUUGCAUUCCCAUAAUAAAAAUGAUGUAAUGAACUCAACUCUUGAAGAGAUAAUGUUCUCUAAUGCAGCAAUGUAAUCAUUUUCAAGAGGCAGAUGAUCACCAUAGCUUGGAGGGGAUAAGACAGGAGGAAGGUCAGCCCGCUACAUCUGCAGCAGCCAAGAGGGAAGAUUGUAUAACUAAGCCAGGCCAGAGGAUAAAGACAAAAAUGCUGAGCAUUCAUGAGAAACUGGACAUGGAAUUUCAUGAGCGCAAACUAAUGUAUUUAAAAGAAGAGCAUGAUUUGAAGAUGCAAAUCCUUCAUGUUGAGUUGGCUAUGAAGGAGGAGGAGAGAAACAUGAAGCAGCAGCAGUACCAAUGUUCUUCUCGAUCCAGUACCAGUUCGGGGUCCCGAUAUUUCCAUUUGUGA